UUUACAACUCAACUCCGACAAGUCUCCACUUGUGUUGCAAUAUUCCCUUUCAUUUUAAUUUUUAGGCUCUCCCUUUCCUCUUUUUUUUUUUUUUUUUUUUUUUUAUGUUUGUCGAAUUUUGCUAAAAUAAGAAAUGGAUUAGGUUAGUAUUUUCCUUUAGUUUAUGACCUGCUAUUUCCUAAAGCGUCUUUAUUCUCAUUCCAUGGUUGAAAACUUACAAAAAAAGUAAAAACCCCAAACUCUUUCUUGAUUUCGGAAUCUAGGGUUUCCAGAUAUGCUCCUACUAUACACACCAAAAUCUCCUUCUCUCUCUCACUCAGCAUCCCUUCGAUUACUGUUACAGAUCUGGAAAACCAGAAAAGUCUUCGCUUAAUUUCUUUUGCUAUUCUUGGAUUCCAUCAGCCCACCCAAGCCUUAAUUAGCUUUUCUAUAUUUGGAAACUCGUCAAGUUUCUAUAUUUGUUGAUUUGAUUGCAAAAAAAAAAAAAUUGGAAUUAUUCUCCACCCCUUAAAAAUAAUACUCCUUUCUAUAAAAACUGCAGUCCUUCUCAGAAAACUCAAUCAUAUAAUGUGUGUGUGAGUGAGAGAGAGAGAGCUAGAAAGAGAGAGAGAUGGUGAGGGGAAAAACUGAGCUAAAAAGAAUCGAAAACGUGACAAAUAGGCAGGUUACCUUCUCGAAGCGCAGAAGCGGGCUGUUGAAGAAGGCAUUUGAGCUUUCAGUUCUUUGUGAUGCUGAAGUUGCUCUCCUUGUCUUCUCUUCCACAGGAAAACUAAGCGAAUUCUCAAGUUCCAGCAGUGGGAUCAAUAAGACCAUAGAAAGAUACAUAAGAAAUGAGAAGGCCAUUUCAAGUUGGAGUAAAACUUGCAUGGAUGAAAAUGUCAAGUUUAUGACAAAUGAAAGCAGUAGUCAUGAAUUACAUAAGAAGAUAGAGUUCCUUGAAGAAUCUCAGAGAAAACUCAUGGGAGAGGGUUUAGAUUCUUGUUCAACUGAAGAGUUAGAACAGGUCGAACGACAGUUGGAAUCUAGUUUAAGAAGCAUCAGAGCUACCAAGAGUAAAUUAAUGAACGAGCAGGUCGAUCAGCUGAAAGAACAGGAAAAGAAACUGGCGAGAGAAAACACAGAAUUGAGGAAAAAGCUACAUUUGCAAAGAUCCAUUUUGGCAGUGGCUUCUCAGGCGCUGCCUGCCAAGGUGGAAACAGCUUUAUUUAUCGGCCCACCUUCUCAAACACACUGGCAAACGCCAUGAAUAUAUAUCAUUCUAUACUUUUUUUUUCUGUUCAUCAAAUAUAAUUUUCUUUUUUAGACUUCUGACAAAAUAAUGUGCAUAUAUAUAUCUCGUGCCAGACACAUAUUUUGUUUUGGAUUGUUGAAGAUUGUACUGACAAGGCAUAAUAAUGAUGAAGCUUUAUAUCA